GAGCGCGCGGGGCAGAGCGGGUGCUCGUUCGUGCGCGCGCGCUUGUGCGCGUAAGUGUGGAUGUGUGCGCGCCCGGGGAGGCAUACCCCAGAAUUCGCAUCAACCCUCGCGCAGGACCACCCUGCGUCUCCGAGCCCCAAGUCCUGCCCAUUUUGCCCGCGCGGAGCGGUGGGGAGGGCACGGCCCCUUUAAAGGGCAGCCCGCCCUCCGAGUCAUGGACAUCUCCGCCUCCGCCCCCAGCCCUCUGGAGCGGGGGAGAGGACUUGUUUUCAUUCAUAACUUUUUCCUUUUCCUUCCUCUCCGUCAACUAUUUAUUCAGCGCUCUGGGCUCGGAGCGCAGAGGGCGCGCUCCCCUGCAGGCCCCGCGCUGUGGCUGCGCAGCGGUGCGGCCCCAGCCCCGCGCCUUCGGCCCCGGCCCUAGGAGGCCGCUGCGCGCCCAGGUGCAAAGGGGCGCUGCGGACUGUCCGUGCGGCCGGCCGGCUCGGGAUCUGUGGGCCACCUCGCUUGGGACAUAAACAGGUUUUGGAGAAUCCACGGCGAUCUUUAGGAUUUGAGGGGCUUGUUCGAGAAGAAUUUCAGAUGCACGCCAGGUCUCCGCUGACACCCAGCGUCCAAGACCACCUCACAUGGAUCCCCCAAACCAGCGUGGCAGCGGCGGUUCCUUGGUCGUGACCCAGCAGCCUGCCCUGGCCAGCCGGCAGCGGCUGGACUAUGACAGAGAGCUUCCGCCGGCUGCUAUUUUGUCCUUGGACCAGAUCAAGGCCAUCAGAGGCAGCAAUGAAUACACUGAGGGGCCCUCGGUGGUGAAAAGACCCGCUCCCCGAGCGGCCCCCAGACAGGAAAAGCAGGAGAGGACUCAUGAAAUCAUACCGAUCAGUGUGAACCACAACUACGAGCAGAGGCCCGCAGGCCCCACGGGACCCGCCCAUCCCGCCCGAGGCCCCGUCCUGAGCAGGUCCACCAGCACUGGGAGCGCCGCCAGCUCUGGGAGCAGCGGCAGCGUGUCUUCCGAGCAGGGGCUGCUGGGCAGGUCGCCCCCGGCCAGACCCGUGCCUGCCCAUCGCGCUGAGAGGGCCGUCCGGACCCAGCCCAAGCAGCUGCUGGUGGACGACCUGAAGGGCUCCUUGAAAGAAGACCUGACCCAGCACAAGUUCAUUUGUGAGCAGUGUGGGAAGUGCAAGUGCGGAGAGUGCACGGCCCCCAGGGCCCUGCCGUCCUGCCUGGCCUGCGACCGCCAGUGCCUCUGCUCGGCCGAGAGCAUGGUGGAGUACGGCACCUGCAUGUGCCUGGUCAAGGGCGUCUUCUACCACUGCUCCAACGACGACGAGGGUGACUCCUACUCGGACAGCCCCUGCUCCUGCUCCCAGUCCCACUGCUGCCCCCGCUACCUGUGCAUGGGAGCCAUGUCCCUGCUCCUGCCCUGCCUGCUCUGCUACCCGCCCGCCAAGGCAUGCCUGAAGCUGUGCCGGGGCUGCUACGACUGGGCCCACCGCCCGGGCUGCAGGUGUAAGAACUCCAACACCGUCUACUGUAAGCUGGACAGCGGGCCCUCCCGGCCGAGGGGGAAGCCCUCCUGAUGGGGCGGCGGGUUGCACCUCCUGAACCCCUGAUUUUCAAGGUGCGGCUGUUUGCAAAAGAUGCUGUUAAAUACUAGCUUUCCUUCCUUCACGGCGGUGCCACCUCCUGCCGUCUCCACCCCUGUUCCCAAGGCCUCGUGGACGCCGCCCUCCCUGGACAGCCCAUGAGAGUGGACGGGGAGACCGCCCCGGCUCCCGCUCAGGACAAGAGCCUCUGCCACGCCCUGGAGAGCGCGUCGGGAGUCACUGCUGGGUUUCUUGAAGCCUUUCCGUUCUGCACCAAUGUCCCCAAGUUGUCCCCAGUGACGACCCCACACACACCCAGGCCACAGCGAUUUAGAGCUCUUUUUCACGGGGUUGCUCUGGAGGCAGGCGAAUUGGCUUUUGAAGAAGUCGCUGUUUAAUUGCUGAAAUAAGCUAUGUAUUAAAUCUCUCCAAGUAGGUCUGUCUUCAUAGUGUUAGACCCGUAAGUAGUCUGGGGCAUAUUUUUGUUGUAACACACAGAUUUCCCCUUAACCACUGCCUUCUUGCCCCUCAGAGUUCUCGACUCUCAGUUUUGGCAUUAUCUUCUUUCGAGAGAUGCCAGGUAUUAUAAUUAUUGUUGUUAUUUUUUGUAUGUAAUGGUAGAUCCACUCUACAAUGUCAGCCUUCACAUUGGAGAUACAUUGUAUCUAGCUGAUCCUUAUUCUAGCUUUUAUAUUUGUGAAGGACUCAGCUGCCUUCCUUCCACACCCCACCCUUUUCACCAAAUUUCUUCUGUUGUUGAGGGCCCUUGGGUUCCUGAAGUUCCUAUUUAUAGCUGAUCAGUCCACAGGUGUCGGAGAAGAGCACCGUCUAAAGGGAUCCUGGCCCCUUCAUGGUCCCUUUGGGCCCUUGGUUAGUUAACAGCUGAGGACGUCUAAUCUUUUCUGUGUUUUCAUGGCCUUAACCACAAAUUGUGGUGCUUUUUGUAUAUUUUAUGUAUAAAUCACAAAGUUGAAUUCUGACUAUUUUUAAGACAAAAAGUCUGUUAAACUUUUUUAUUGUAAAGAAUAUUUAUUAUGCGAAUCUCUAUUAUUUUAUGGUAUUUAUUUCAAAAGACUGUUGAAAUGUACUCAUGUCUGAAUAUAACAAAAUAUCAAUACAUAACGGAAAAUAAGGUGAUACGAAGAAAGUACAUAUGUUAACUAUAAUGCAGAAAUAUAUGAAUUAAUGAAACUGUCUCCUGGUUUCUU